AUGAGUUCAAAAGAAGGAGGCGCUUCUACCAAGGGAGGGAGAGGGAAACCAAAGGCAUCGAAGUCGGUGUCAAGAUCGCAUAAAGCAGGGUUGCAAUUCCCAGUCGGGAGAAUUGCAAGGUUCCUGAAGGCUGGUAAAUAUGCUGAACGUGUCGGAGCCGGAGCUCCCGUCUACCUUUCUGCUGUCCUUGAGUAUCUCGCUGCCGAGGUGCUUGAGCUAGCAGGGAACGCAGCGAGAGAUAACAAGAAGAAUCGUAUAGUGCCAAGGCACAUCCAGCUUGCUGUGAGAAACGAUGAGGAGCUAAGCAAGCUACUGGGGUCAGUUACAAUUGCAAAUGGAGGUGUCUUGCCUAACAUUCACCAGACACUUCUUCCUAAGAAGGUUGGCAAAGGGAAAGGCGACAUUGGAUCUGCUUCUCAAGAGUUCUAGUUCUAGGCUUAGAGCUUUGUCUUUUUGAAAAUUCUAGGGCUUCCACAGUGUGUAAUAUAGUCUUUUUGAUUUCUUGGUUUUUCGGGACUGGCUACAUGGAGUUUCACUGUAUGUUUUUGAUAAAAGCUGAGGCUUUUUGGAAUCUUUAUCUAAUGGGAGUUUUUAUCAA